GAAGAAAGCCAUUUGAAAGAAAAAAUGGCGGAAAAACAUUUCGAAGCUGGACAAGAAGGUUUCGGAAGUGUCGUCGUUGCUGAGACCCAAAGUGAGGUCCACUCUGUGAAACAGAAAUCAAAAAGAUGCUCCUCCACAAGCCCCAGCACAGCUCCCCCACACAAGUCUCCUCGUACCGACUUCAUAUCAUCCACCACACAGAUGUCAGAUGCAGGGGAAGGACAUUCAGAGACAGACAAACAAGAAAUGGUGACAGAAAACACAGAGGGACCUUCAAGUCUCACUGUUAGCCCCACUGCACGGAGGAAAUCCUGGAGGAGAGCCACCAUAAGCCGACGCUCUCUCCCUGCUCUUCCCAACCCAUAUCAGGUUUUAUGCAGGGGCAUAAGUGCAUCCUUAUCACAGGAAGAGAGGCUUGAGAAACUGAUGGAGGCUUCAAUGAGGCUGGCAAUAGAAAGAACUCAAAAUACCCUACAAUCAGGGCCAAAAACCUCACUGGAGUCUUUUCAAAAACAAGUUGAGCGCAUACAGAAAGAGUGGGGUUGUUUGGCCAAAAGCAUACGCGGCGAACCACAGGGUCAUCAUGUCCCUGCUAGUGCAGCCAGUUCUAGUGAUCCUGCAGUGCUAAGAGCCAUGGCAAAAGUCCAGAAAGCCAUCAAAAGGCUCCAGGCUGAAAGUGAAUCUUGGGAGGCACUGUUGAACAAACACCGGAGUAAAGCAGAGGAAUUGGAAAGGAAAGUGGAGCAAGGCCAGGAGGGGGGCUUAUCAUUGGACUCUACAUCUGUGGCUCAGUCCUCACAGUACCAUAUCAUACAGAGUAAACCGGACUACCACGGUCUCCUCUGUAGACAACAGCCCAUGUUUCACACUAUGGCAAUGAUUAUGGACACUCAGUGUAAGAUGGUUAGAGAGCUUCUGUCCAUCAAGGAGCAGUCACAGUUAUUGGUGAAAGAGACCAGUGGCCGCUUGGCGGCAGAGGCAGGAUUUCAGGAUCUUUCACCUGACCUCAUCAGGAACCUUAUGGGAGCACCUUUAUCCUCUGCAACUACAUAGUCCCUCUGGCAGGAGGCAAGCACAAGCAAUCAAUCAGUUAAUGGACCAUGGCUCUUUAUGACUUGAAUAUGAAGCUCAUAUACUGUAUGUGUUCUUUCUGAUAUUUUUUAUUGUUAUGUGCUUUGGAAACAUAUAAUUUCUUUGAUCUAUCUUUCUUGUCUUGUUUUAAACAUAAAGUAAGCUCUAAGUUUAUGUUUUCUUUGUCAAAUAAAACCAUUUCCAUCAGCA